UCGCGCAGGACCUGGUCGGGACACACGCUUCUUCUGCUGCUGUUUUGAAACCCGCUCGUCUCGUUGCACCAUAACCAUGCCGACUGACACCAAACGUGUACGCGGCCCAGAAGUGUCCCAGAGCCCGCUCUUGUAUGCGACUAAGCCCGCGGUCACUGUGCCGCCUCGCGGCCCCAGAGCGGACGGUCGGCAGCGGGACCAAGUGGACGUGCGGCCCGUUUUUGUCCGGUGCGGACUGGUGAGCCAGGCAAAAGGCUCUGCGUACAUCGAAGCUGGAAACACCAAGCUGAUGUGCUGCGUGUAUGGCCCCAAAGAAACCGAGCGGAAAGAUGAGACCGAUAUGAAAAACGGAAGAUUGACAACUGACAUGCGUUUUGCACCAUUCUCCUGCCCGGAGAGGGGCUCCUGGAUCCAGGGGAGCCAGGACAAGGACUUCUCCCUGAUGCUACUGGAGAGUCUGCAGCCGGCAGUGUGCCUCCACAAAUACCCCCGCUCUCAGAUUGAGGUCAACGUGAUGGUUCUGGAGAACAGCGGCUCGGUUCUGGCCCACGCAGUCACAUGUGCUUCCCUUGCUCUCGCAGAUGCCGGGAUCGAAAUGUACGACCUGGUGCUCGGUUGCUCCGUCUGCCAGGACGGAGUCUCUUAUGUGGUUGACCCGUCUUACGACGAGCAAAUCACCUGCAGCUCAGUCAGUGGCGAGAACCAGGGCAGUCUGACUGUUGCAUUCCUCCCCAGCCUGAACCAGAUUUCUGGACUGCAGUCAGAUGGAGAAAUGAGUGAAGAGACUCUGACAGCAGGGGUUCGGACCUGCAUCGAGGGAUGUUAUAAACUGUACCCUGUCAUCCAACAAGCCCUGGCCAAGGCUGUGCGCAGCGCUGCUCCCCCACCAUCAGAGAGCUGAGAGACUUAUUAACCAACAGUUUUUAGAUUUUCUAAUUUACAAUCUCCAGUCACUACUUUAGUGAUAUAAACUAUUUUUCUAUGUUUGGUAUUGUGGUUUAAACUCGUUUUCAUGUUAAAUAAAACGACCAGCACUCUU